AUGGCUUCUCUUACUCUCUCUAAGUCUCUCUUUCUUUACUUCUUCUCCUUUUCAAUGAUAUGUCUCUCUUUCAGCAGUCCUAGAGAAUUUUCCAUUCUGAAUUACAAUGAUGAUCUGGACAAGUUCACCUCUGAGGAAGAGCUCUUUGAGCUGUUCCAAGUGUGGCAGAGGAAUCACGAACGGUUAUAUGAAACCCUAGACGAGAUGUUAAAGAGAUUUGAGAUUUUCAAAAACAAUGUGAAGUACGUCAAGGAGGAAAAUGCAAAAAGAACAUCAGACUACGACUAUCGUUUGGGUUUGGACCAAUUCUCAGAUUUGACGUUAGAGGAAUUCAAAGAAACCUACUUAUUUGAUAUGGAUCCCAUAGUGAGAAGCAGCAUUGGUGAGCCCGACAGCGAUUACUGUCCAAACGCACCUCAAUCCUUGGAUUGGAGGGACUUUGGAGCUGUAACAGACGUCAAAAACCAAAAACAAUGUGGAAGCUGUUGGGCAUUCUCAUCUACGGGAGCCAUCGAAGGAAUAAAUAAAAUAGCCAACAAUACUCUUGUGAGCGUUUCUGAACAACAACUUGUGUCUUGUGAUCCUAAUAGCUACGGUUGUAGUGGAGGCCAAGCCUUCUUUGCAUUUGAAUAUGUCAUCAAAAAUGGUGGAAUUGCCUCAGAGGAAGAUUAUCCUUAUGAAGCUAUCAAUGGUACUUGUGAUCAUGAAAAGAAAAAGAUAGCACUUACUAUUGAUGGCUAUGGAAAUGUGACAUCCUUAUCAGAACAAUCUCUCUUUUGUGCCGUUUCUAGGCAACCUGUUAGCGUUUAUAUAUAUGCCACUACCCAAGACUUUCAGUUCUACAAGGGUGGACUCUUUGAUGGGAGUAGCUGCACAAACGUUUCACACUGGAAUACUACUCAUGCGAUGCUGAUCGUGGGAUAUGAUUCAUUUGGUGAUGGUCUUGAUUAUUGGAUUGUGAAGAACUCAUGGGGCAAAGAUUGGGGAGACAAUGGUUACAUCUACAUCAAAAGAAACACUGGUGAUCCUUAUGGUGUAUGCAACUUCAAUUGCUAUGCUUAUUACCCAACCAAGAACAUUCUCGAGCUUGAUUCUGCUAUAUGA